AUGUCCUCCAACCCAAUCGUUUUGAUCACCGGUGCCAAUACUGGCCUUGGUCUUGAGACAGUCAAGGCAUUGCUGGGCUCACCCAAAGCAUACACCAUCCUUCUCGGAGGCAGGAAUCUCGACAAAGCCGAUGUUGCAGCUAAAGAAGUACAAGAGGAAUACCCCCAGAGCUGCAGCAUUAUCAAAACCAUCCAAGUCGACGUAGAAUACGACGACUCGAUCUUGAGAGCAUUCGAGCAUGUCGCUAACGAAUACGGUCGUGUGGAUAUCUUGAUCAACAACGCAGGGGCACUGCUGGACACCCAGUUCUACUCUGGAGACCUGACAAUGCGAGAAAUGUGGAACAAGUCGUGGAACGUCAAUACCGUUGGAACACAUAUCCUCACUCACACUUUCGUGCCCCUUCUCCUGAAAUCGUCCGAUCCGAGAAUCUUAUUCAUCACAAGCGGCACAUCGGCGCUUGGUGAGACUGAGGAUACCUCGUACAGAUUCAAUAAGGCACCUGCGAAGGGUUGGCCCAAGGAAGAGCCUACUUUUGGAGCAUACAGGUCCAGCAAGACUGGUUUGAACAUGAUGAUGUGCGAUUGGGUUCGGAUCCUGCGAGAAGAUGGCGUCAAAAUCUUUGGCAUCUCACCGGGGUUCUUGGCGACUGGCUUGGGCGGUAAUGCGGAAUUAUAUAAGAAAUUAGGCGCAUUAAAUCCGAUCAUUGGGGCGGAGUUUGUGAGAGAUGUUGUUGAAGGAGCCCGUGAUCAGGACGCUGGGAAAGUUAUUCGUCGGGACGAAGUUCAACCUUGGUAG